UCGAGAUCGAGACGAGAAUUGUAUCGAGAGCAAAUUGGAACAGGCAAGACUUUCUGUUUCUCGCAAAUCGCAAGACACAGUUUCAUCUGUUUCUCCCCGGAAACUACAGCUGCAAGGCGUCUCAGCGCCGGAAGCUGCACACAUAUCGCGAAAAAGCACUUUCUGCAGAAAUGUUUUGCCUGCAGCUGCACGUGCGCGGUAGCGGAUAAAAAAUGCAAAUAUGUUUUAGAAUUGUAGUAGCAAUCCUGUGUAUUGAAGCUAGGUAGAUUCUCACGCAGACGCAGCGCAGUGCCGUCUCUUUGUGUUUCUGAUCGAUUGGCACAGCCACAGACGCAUAUUCGAAGUCCAUAGAUGUUCUAAUGGUAUUAAUUCAUGUUUUCCCUGACGACCGGUCUGAGCACGCCAACACUACCAACGUGAGCAAAACGCGACAACACCUUCUCGACGGCGCGACCGAACAUCCAUGGUGAACCCACUGCGAUUGCUGGUGUUGUUGCACCGCCAAACCUGCGACUCCACCAUAGUCCCGGACCGGAGCGAUCUGUACCUAGAACACCACUACCGCGAUCCUUUCUUCCUCGUCCGAGAAGACUCCGCGCCUGUUCGUGUGGAGCAUCGGGUGCUGUCCCUUGCCGUUGCGAUCGAGCAUCACCUUUUGAGCAAAGACUAUGCCAUCGUGUUUGGGACGAAGAACAAGAAGCUCGAAAAAUUUAGGUUGCUACUCACAGGGAAUGUGGAGGAGUUACAACUCAACGAUGGAGCAGCUGAAGAGUACGACCGCCUCCAAAACCCGCUGUAUUUCGUAGCAGUCGAGCACCUGUCUGAGAUUUACAAAGCUGAGCUCGAAGACAAGACCCAGACGUGCUGGAGAAAGCAGCAGCUCAUCGCUCGGUCCCACAUGCAUGCAGCAAGAAUCGUUGACAAGCACUUCGCCGGAGACGAAUGGUGGAAGUUUAGACUGUUCAACUGUGCGGUAUUUGCAACGGUUUGCUUCAUCUUCUUCGUACUGUACCCCUCAUUUCACCGAGCUGCUCCACGAGCCGCCAAAAAGUUCGCUUGCAUGGUAGCGGGCCUGUACUUGGUGCACGAAAUGGUGAUCCGGGAGCAGAUAUUUGGCGCGUGGCCCUCUUUCGCCCUGUACGGUUCCGAGCGGGGUUGGGUAGUAACAGAGGUUUAUGACCGAUGGAGGGAUCCCGUGCACUACCUCCAGAACAACGUGUUUUUCAAUCCCUUUGUGGGCGAGCUGGUGGAGGCGUAUCGCAAAGUGCAUGACGUGGCCUACACGGCGAUGUGGGGGUUUCCGCCGCCGACGAGCCGAAGCGACAAGUCGUUGCCGGUAUGCCUGUUGCGUCCGCGGCCUUCCUCUAGUUGUGGCCCAUCACGACAUCAUCUUCCUCUUGUUGACUUGAUUUUGGGGAUUUGCAUUCUCCCCCUCACCCUUCAUCACAUACCAACCAGUCGCUUCGGAAAAACGUUCCUGUGCACCGCUGCUGGGCGCCUCGCGUUCGACGACCUGUCUGUCGUCUUGUUUCUGCUCUACCCCAAUGCUUCGGUGGAGAUGUAUGCGUCAUAUUGGUCUUCCCUCUACAGUAUCACAUGGAUCUUUUUUCCCGAUGCAGAAGCAGAACAAACAGCAUUCGACUUGCGCAUCGCCAUUUUUCCCCUUAGUAUUUGGAUUGCAGUGUGUCUCGGUCUCGCCAAGGAUUUCCAGCAGUACGGCUUUUUCAUCGUCGGCAGGCUGGUGACUGCGUACGACGUCGGGCUUCUCCUUCUUGUCGACCUUAACGUUGUCUCCGAGGACUGGCUGUCGCAGAGCUUUCUUUGCCCCCGAACAUUGUGGAAACGCCGACUGCAACAACGUCGAAUCCUGGAGAACAUGCCGAUAGAAGCUGGCCUUGACGAGGACGGGGAUGGAGAAGAUGACGAAGCUGUUUUCGCCUGGGAGAUGGAGGUCAUGCUGGAGGAGAUUCCCACCCCCGCGCGGAAUAGUUUGCUGCACGACGCAGCCUGAUUGAACGCUCUCGCAUGCUAAAAAAAAUGAUACUCAAGAACUGAAUAACAAAAAUGAAAGUAAUAAGGACCUGGUUACGCGUUUUACAAUUGAACUUGUUCUGAAAUGAAUAUAAUUGACUCUUCUCAGUUUUGUUGCCUUCUCAGUUUUGUUCGGAGAUGGAGAGUACCACAAUGCUUACUAGCUCGGCGACAAAAGACAGAAAUAAAC